AUGCAAAUAUUACAGGCGAUCCUACUGUUCAUAGCGGAGUGCGCGAGCGAUAGCUUUUUCUUUAGCAUCACCAUGCAUCUCUGCGGUCAACUGGAGCUGCUGAGGAUUCGCUUCGCUGAGAUCGCGGAAAAAAUCAAUGAGAAAAACCGUUAUGAGAAUUUGUUGGGACCGUGGAUCAAACGGCACUGUCAAUUGAUAACUUUGGCUAAAAACAUCGAGGAAUCCUUCAAUAUCAAUCUUCUGCUACGCUUGGGAAUAACCACCAUAGUCAUUGCGGUUUCAGGAAUGCGUAUUAUGGUGUCCCUCAAGCAUCAGGACUACACGGACGUGAUAAAAAGUAUGAUUUUCAUUCAAUACUUCAUCGUGCAAUCCUUCCUGUUCACGCACGCCGGCGAAACCCUGCAAAAUCAAAGUGAAUCGAUCGUUAUGGCGAUAUACAGCACAACGUGGCACAAAUUCCCGUCCACGACGAUGAAGGACUUGAUACUCAUUAUGAUGAGAACGAAGAUCCCUCUGCGGCUGAGCGCUGGAAAAUUCUUUUACAUCACGAGAAGUACUAUCACGGAUAUCUUGACUACAGCCUUGACGUACAUAUCGUUUUUACAGGCGAUGCAAGAGUAA